GCGUUUCGACGUGUAGCGAUGGCCGAUCGGAACUCGGCAGCGUGGACGCCGACGCUCUUGGGGGCGUUUUCCGUCCUCUUCACGGCCUCGCUGGCGGAGGCCACCUUCAGCGUCGUGGAUUUCACUUCCUGCGGGGGCGAUGUGCUACAAGUUCGCGUGGACCCCUGCGAAAAGCUGCCUUGCACAUUUAAGAAAGGCCGAUCGGCGAAGAUCGAGAUGGACUUUCACAGCGUAAAUAACCAGUCCAGCGUGAGCGUGGGUAUUAUGGGCAAGUCUCACGGCGUGUUGCUGCCGCUGCCGUUCAACCAGAAGGACGGCUGCACCAGCUCGGGCCUCGACUGCCCUCUGCAGGCAGGCCGGAACUACACUGUCGCGCGCGCAGUCAAGGUCUACCGAAUUUAUCCAAAGAUGGAGAUUCUCGCGGUGUUCCAAGUGAGCGGCAAAGGAGGAGACGUAUUAGCCUGCGUCGAGUUCCCCAUACACAUCAUGUGACCGACGAGAGAUCCGGCUACGGGAAGCAACGUUGAACUACGGCAGUUCAAAAAGCGCGCAGUGUAGUGUGCCACGACAGCAGGGCCGCGACAAAAAAAAAAAAAAGAUCGUGGACACAAAAGACAAUAGACCGCAUCUGCGACGACGGCAACAGAAGGUUCAACAAAGAGCUGCGUGUCGUUAGUUACGGCAGUGAUCACUGUAAAGUGUGCAGACGUGGCCGGAAGGACCGCUGCUUUUAUGUAAAAACAUAAAAGAGUGUACAGUGAUGAAAGUGGAACGUUAUUGACACGAAUAAAA